AUGGCUUCCAGCACCAAGAUCUGUUUGAAGCUGUUGGUGGACACCAAGUCCAACAAGGUGCUCUUCGCAGAGGCCGGUAAGGAGUUCGUCGACUUCGUCUUCAACCUCCUCACCCUCCCCAUCGGCGCCGUAGCGAAGUUCAUCUCCAUCGCUGUAGAGGGAAGAAAAGCGGGAUUUGGUAACAAGGAGCUGUUUGCCGGCACAAAGCACGCGACAGCGAGCAUCGGUCGCCUGUACGGAAGCGCCAGCGCCAUGGACGCCUCCCACAUGCAGCCACACGUCGACAAGUCUGAACUGCUGCAGCCCAAGGUGGGCGUCAGGGGAAUGACGUUCUUGGCCGGGUACGUCAAGGGUCCGGCGACGUACAUGGUGACGGACGGGCUGGAGGUGACGCCCAUGUCGGACAUGUCCAAGACCACGCUCAUCAACAAGUUCAGCUUCAGCAAGGACGUCAAGGAGCUGGACGAGAAGGUCGUCACCGUCGGCAUGAUUGAGGGGCUGGCUCUUUUGGAGGCUGCGAUGCGCUCGGACACGGUGCUAUCCGAUGCGUUCCUCGAGAGGAAGAAGUGA